UACGCGGUGCAUUUCUGACAUAAUUGACAUAAAUAUUUGUCCAGUCUGUCUAACGAUACUGUACUAAACACUCAUUAGUUGACCCCGUAAUGACCCGAAGCUUCGUCGUCCGAUAGGAACCAGAUAACACAGUUGUUUGACGUUUGUUGUUACGCUAGUACGUUAAUUAUACCAUAUCAACCAAAUAUGGCAUCUCUGACUUCCAAAAUAAGUAUUUCUGAGAUUAACUCAUUAAGUGACAAACAGUUUGAAUCAAUUUUUGGAGGUGUUAUAGAGCUUUGUAAAGAUGCUGCGGUGCAGGUUAAGAAGAAAUGCCCUUUUCAAAGUUUAGAAGCUUUAUGUGACGCAUUCCAGACGUACUUACAGGAUCUGAGUUUGGAAGAUAAAGUGGUAAUACUAAAGCUACAUCCAGACCUGGCCGGUCGGCUAGCAGACCUGGGCCAGCUCACACAAGAGUCCACUGAAGAACAGAAAGCCGCUGGUCUUGACAAGCUUACUUCGGAACAAAAGCGGAUCUUAGAGGAGAGAAAGAAUCGGUACAACGAGAAAUUCGACUUUCCUUUUAUAAUUUGCGCAAGAGAAAAUAAAAUUCAAUCUAUAAUGGAAGGCUUGCAAGUUCGAUAUGAAAACUCUUAUAAAGAAGAAGUAGCAAUUGGCAUUAAUGAAGUUAAAAAGAUAUGCAGACUCAGAAUACUUGACAUUGUAAAAGAAUAAGAAAAGAUUUUAAAUACAAAA